CUGGGUGGGACCUGCUCAGCUGAGGUUAUAGCACAGCUCAGAGAGACAGUGUGGCCUUCUGCAGACCAGGAUUGCCCUUCCCUCUACUGACAUCACAUGUGACUUUGUUCUGUUUGCUCCAGAUGGUCCAGAUGUCCCGAUCAUAUCCCCCUCAAAUAUUCAUUUCCAUUCAAGGACAAACCUCAGCCUCUCCUGUCAAGCAGCCUCUAGCCCUGCAAUGUUCUAUUGGUAUUUUAAUGGAAAGAUUCUAUCAAAAGUCAAAGAGCUCUUUAUCCCCAACAUCACUACUAAUAACAGUGGUUCCUAUACCUGCCUCAUCUAUAACUAUGUCUUUGGAAUCAUGAAGACCACAGUCAAGAACAUUACAGUCCUUGAGCCAGUGACUAAGCCCUCCAUCCAAGUCAGCAACACCACAGUCAAAGAACUGGACUCUGUGUCCCUGACCUGCUCCUCAAACGACACUGGGAUCUCCAUCCAUUGGCUCUUCAAUGGCCAGAGUCUGGGGCUCACGGACAGAAUGAAGCUGUCCCUGGACAACAGCACCCUCAGCAUAGACCCUGUCAGGAGGGAGGAUUCCGGGAAGUAUCAGUGUGAGGUCUCCAAUCCAGUCAGUUCUGAGAGGAGUGAUCCCAUCCAGCUGGACAUAAUAAAGCCAGUGACUGCACCCUCCGUCACCAACACCAACACCACAGUCAAAGAACUGGACUCUGUGUCCCUGACCUGCUCCUCAAACGACACUGGGAUCUCCAUCCAUUGGCUCUUCAAUGGCCAGAGUCUGGGGCUCACGGACAGAAUGAAGCUGUCCCUGAACAACAGCACCCUCAGCAUAGACCCUGUCAGGAAGGAGGAUUCCGGGAAGUAUCAGUGUGAGGUCUCCAAUCCAGUCAGUUCUGAAAGGAGUGACCCCAUCCAGAUGGACAUAAUAGAGCCAGUGACUGCACCCUCCAUCCAAGUCACCAACACCACAGUCAAAGAACUGGACUCUGUGUUCCUGACCUGCUUCUCAAACGACACUGGGAUCUCCAUCCAUUGGCUCUUCAAUGGCCAGAGUCUGGGGCUCACGGACAGAAUGAAGCUGUCCCUGGACAACAGCACCCUCAGCAUAGACCCUGUCAGGAGGGAGGAUUCCGGGAAGUAUCAGUGUGAGGUCUCUAAUCUAGUCAGUUCUGAGAGGAGUGACCCCAUCCAGCUGGCCAUAAUAGAGCCAGUGACUAAGCCCUUCAUCCAAGUCAACAACACCACAGUCAAAGAACUGGACUCUGUGUCCCUGACCUGCUCCUCAAACGACACUGGGGUCUCUAUCUAUUGGCUCUUCAAUGGCAAGAGUCUGGGGCUCACGGAUACAAUGAAGCUGUCCCUGAACAACAGCAUCCUCAGCAUAGACCCUGUCAGGAGGGAGGAUGCUGGGGAGUAUCAGUGUGAGGUCUCCAAUCCAGGCAGUUCUGAGAGGAGUGACUCCAUCCAGCUGGCCAUAAUAGAGCCAGUGACUAAGCCCUUCAUCCAAGUCAGCAACUCCACAGUCAAAGAACUGGACUCUGUGUCCCUGACCUGCUCCUCAAACGACACUGGGAUCUCCAUCCAUUGGCUCUUCAAUGGCCAGAGUCUGGGGCUCACAGACAGAAUGAAGCUGUCCCUGGACAACAGCACCCUCAGCAUAGACCCUGUCAGGAGGGAGGAUUCCGGGGAGUAUCAGUGUGAGGUCUCGAAUCCAGUCAGUUCUGAGAGGAGUAACUCCAUCCAGCUGGACAUAAUAGCCUCUCCUACCACUGCCCAAGUCACUGUAGAUGCAGUUCUAUCCCACAUUGCUGAAGUGAAGAACAUUCUUCUACGUGUCCAUAAUUUGCCAGAUACAGCCCAAGUCUUUUUCUGGUACAAAGGAAAAACUUUGGUUAAGAGAAAUAAAAUUGCACGAUUUCUAGAAUCCAAAAGAACAAAUAAAACAAGGCCUGCUUGCAGCAUCAGAGAGAAAAUACACCACAGUGGAUCCUUGCUCUUCCGGAUAGUCACUCAGAAAGAUGCAGAAGCCUACAUGCUACGUAUGGAAAUGAGAAACCUUGACAUCAGAAAGGCAUCCGUGCACAUCCAUGUGCACCCUAAGUAAUUCUCUGUAACCUGUGGUGGAGGAAGCCGUGCUGGCACCCCUGGGAAUGACACAUACAUGUUUUGCAAAUGGAGCUCUUUAGAGGCAAGGUCCUUUGGAGAAUCCCACCCUUUUGUCAUGGACCUACGGAAAGGAUACUGCAGACCUCUGUGCUGAUCCUAGGGAUGCAUGUUCUUCAGGCCUCUCUAACUUUCGUUAUGCUUAUUCCUAGGGUGACUCUUAGUUCUGCUUUGUUAGUCAUGAUUGUGCCUGAGUUUACUGGGAACUAAAGAUUCUGAAGAAAAUUAAAUUUCUCUGAUCUGUUACAAAACCA